GUAGGUUUGUUGACAAGAAUUACGUUACUCAAAGUUACGUACGUAUUGCGCGUUGCUGUUUGCUGGCUGUUUAUGUGUGCACUAAGAAGCAGAAAAGCGUUUGUUAAUAAAUUAUACAAAAGAACAACGAUUAAGGCAUGGGAAAACCGACGAAUAUCAACCUGGCAACUAAUUUCUCCUCUUGCCAUGGUCAGAAGCAAAGCGAUGUGGAGUGCCUAGUUUUCGAAACUGCGACGCGCAUUGAAGGCAUUAUAGGGAAAUACAACCAAAAUAAUGAAAAUGCGUUCUUCGUCGGUCAGACGGAAUAUAAAGUUCGAUUCCCAUUCCUUGAAAGUGGAGUCGACAACAGCGUCCUUGACUGCGCUCAAUUUUUGGGCAACCAUGCAUGCGCCAAUAAAAAAGAAUAUAUCAACCAUGAGAAGAUCGAGGCACAGGCUGAGUCGUCUUUCGAGGAAGAGGCACAGCCUGACUCGCCUUUCGAGGAAAAGGCACAGCCUGACUCUUCAUUCAAGGAAGAGGCCCAGCCUGACUCUUCAUUUAAGGAAGAGGCCCAGCCUGACUCUUCAUUCAAGGAAGAGGCCCAGUAUGACUCGGCAUUCAAGGAAGAGGCACAGCCUGACUCUUCAUUCAAGGAAGAGGCCCAGCCUGACUCUUCAUUCAAGGAAGAGGCCCAGCCUGACUCGGCAUUCAAGGAAGAGGCACAGCCUGACUCUUCAUUCAAGGAAGAGGCCCAGCCUGACUCGGCAUUCAAGGAAGAGGCACAGCCUGACUCUUCAUUCAAGGAAGAGGCCCAGCCUGACUCUUCAUUCAAGGAAGAGGCCCAGCCUGACUCUUCAUUCAAGGAAGAGGCCCAGCCUGACUCUUCAUUUAAGGAAGAGGCCCAGCCUGACUCUUCAUUCAAGGAAGAGGCCCAGCCUGACUCUUCAUUUAAGGAAGAGGCCCAGCCUGACUCUUCAUUCAAGGAAGAGGCCCAGUAUGACUCGGCAUUCAAGGAAGAGGCACAGCCUGACUCUUCAUUCAAGGAAGAGGCCCAGCCUGACUCUUCAUUCAAGGAAGCGGCCCAACCUGACUCGGCAUUCAAGGAAGAGGCACAGCCUGACUCUUCAUUCAAGGAAGAGGCCCAGCCUGACUCGGCAUUCAAGGAAGAGGCACAGCCUGACUCUUCAUUCAAGGAAGAGGCCCAGCCUGACUCUUCAUUCAAGGAAGAGGCCCAGUAUGACUCGUCAUUCAAGGAAGAGGCUAUAACACUGCCCGGUGAGACGAAAGCUCAGCAAGUAAAAUCCAAGGAUGAUGGGCUGAUCGGAGAUGGCACUGCUGCUUCUUCGACAUAUAGCUACGACAGUGAUGACAACGUAGUGGAGGAGCACGAAAAGGAUAAGGAACCUGGAAAUUGCUUCCGUGGACAGGCCGUACCGAAGUGUUGUUUGACGGAUUCAGUUUUUAUGAUCGAUAGACCCAGAUGUGCAGUGAUGUUGAAGCAGGAGCUGCGCCGCUUCUCCUUGUUGUCCUUGGACGCCGCCAAACGCCAAGCCAAAUUCAAAAUCAGUGUAACCAAUGUGUACAGCCCCUUUCAGUUUUGGUUCCAAAUCGCUGAUGAAAAUUGUCCUUACGAUCUGGAAAAUCUGCAUUUGGCGAUGAACGACUUUUACCAAGAACGGCGCCGACCCGCCGAAAGCAGUUACCAGAAGCCUAUCACUCGGUUUUUCCUACGCCCUGGAUACAUUUGUGCCGCCCGUCCAAAGUGGGGUGGCUGGAAGCGGGUUCGCAUUGUGUCCGCACCACAGGAAAAUACUACGGACGUUUCUGUCUUCUACGUGGACUAUGGCCGUCUGGAGAAGUGUGCAAGCGAAGAACUACGUUUUUUACCAAAAUUGUUCAGCAAUAUUCCGGCCAUGGCCGUCAGGGGAGCACUCUCGCAUAUCCAUCCGCUGAAUCACACUUGGCCGGCCGACGUAACGGAGGAGCUCCGUGCCGCAGUUUUGCGGCGCGAGACGUUUGCCCAUAUCAUUGAGGCGGACCAGCAGGAUGAGAUCUAUUCAAUCAAAAUAUACCAACACAACCGGUCUGAUGAGUCGCUAAACAGCAAAAUGAUUCUGGAGAAACUCGCGGGCGAAAGCGAUCAUUUUGACGAGCGUAUCAUCAAACAGCAUUGUGGCCGCCGCAUUCGCUACUUGUGCGAGCGUCUUCCCACCUUUGAAAUGCUCGAGACUGGUGUGUUUCCCAUGGAUGCGGAUAAGGAUCUAGAUUUUGUGAAAUAUUUCAAUGGAAUCAUGUCCGCAACAUCGUAUUUUAGGGAAUUUAAGAUUCCCACGAGCCACAACCCCCUUCGGCAGGACCUUGAAAAGGCGCUGCGUGACUGGAUGGUUGGCUACAAGAAGGAGCAGAUGCCCUUGCAGAAAUUGCAGAGGGAAGCCGCGCGUAGGGCUAAGGAGAAGGAGAAAAAUCGUCGCACUUCUUACGAAAAAUUAUUUUACAAAAGAAAGGAUUAAAAUUAAAAUAAAAUAAACAUCUACAAUCGCAUCUAUUAA